AUGGCUAUGGGUCCGCAGCUCGUCGCCGACGUCCUGACCGACUUCGACGACCUCGCCACGUCGGGACGACAUACAGAGCGUCGCCGGCGGAGCAGCCGGUCGUCAGGGCGAUCCUCCGCCACAUGUGGUCGGAGGCCCGGCGGCAGUGGAACGAGCUCUCCGCCCCGGCCCCGGCCCCGUCGACGGCCGCACCGCCACCGGCCCUUGCCGACGAUGGUCGGCGAGAAGCCGCCGCGGACCUUCCCGGAGUGGACCGACCUCGUCGCCCGCUACAACGCCGUCCAGCUCGGGGGUGAGCCCCGAGGCUGGGAGCACACCAAGUCCAAGCUCUACACGCCGCUCGGCCUCGGCGAGAUCCUGGCGUCCCGGACUUGGUCCUCCCUCGGCGUCGUCAACCCCCUCGCCGGCCGUCGCAGCACCGCCGGGGCACAGAACAUCAAGUUCGUGGACGGCGGCCUGGCGGUGGAGGAGAACCAGCCGUUCGUCCCGAGGGGCAUAUGGGCCGUCGUCGACGGCCUGGACGCCAUCCGCUGGGCGUGGGUCCUGACCGGCGUGGGGACGGAGGCCGGCGUCAUUAGGUACGUCGAUUGGUGGACGACCAAAGCCCGGCUCCACUCGAGCAAGCUCGAGGCCGUCGUCGCCUAUUGGGACGCCACGGCGCACCAGCUCGCCAUGUCCAUGCGCCUCGCCCGGACCUUCGAGGAGGUGACCUCGGCGAUCAUGGCGGACCAGGCGGCGUUCAAUGAGGCGCUCCAGUCGGCCGUCAAGCCCGGCCCGCCGAAGAGACCGACGGGAGGCCCACCCAACCACCCGACGGAGGACGACCACACCGCCGACACCCCCAAGGGGAAGGGGAAGGGCCGAGGUCGCCAGCCCCGUCGCCGCCCUGGGAAGCAGCGCCGCCAGGAGCAGGACUGGGAGGACGACGGCGCCAACAGGGACUGGGGUCGUGAUCACCACGACGACCGACGCCAGCCCCAGAACCGCUGGAAGCAGACCGGUCGCGACGAGGGUCGCGACCAGGGCUGGCGCCAGUCCUGGGGCCGCGGCCGUCAGGACCAGUGGGACCAGGACGACCGUCGCGGUGGGAAGGACCGCCGUGACGAAGGCCGUCGGGAGGUACCCGGCAGCCAAUGUGCUAGUACCGUCGUCCGACCGGCACUCAAGCGCACCCGGCGGGCGCCCAAAAUCAUCCUGCUCUCUUUCUUCGACGGGAUCGGUGCGGCCCCGGCGCUGGUGGAAAAUCUAUUCGGCCAACCGACCCUGGCGCUGGCGUGGGAGAUUGACGCCACUUGCCGACGGCUGGCGUCGGUGAGGCUGCCGUGGCUGGUCCACAGAGGCGACGUCACAUCGGAGUCGCCCGGCUCCGUCGUGGCGGCCGUCAGGAAGGCCGACCCGACCGGCGAGUGCACCGUGGUUGUCACCGGCUCCGGUGGGCAAGACUUUUCGCGAAUCGGCCCGGCGACCGGCCACGCGGGCGAGAGGGGGAGCCUCUUCCUCCUCACCGUCGACAUGUUCAACCAGAUCAUCGCCGACCUCUCCGACCGGCGGGUGGCGUUCCUCUUCGAGAACGUCGUGAUGGAGCCCGCCGACGCCGCCAAGAUCAGCGACGCCCUCGGCGUGCAGCCGGUCCUGGUCUGCGGGUCGGACUUCGGCUGGAUUUCCCGGCCCCGACUAUGGUGGAUGUCGGCGGACCUCACCGGCGCCCUGGUGGAUCCGGCGUCGGGCCGACCGCUUCAGUGGUCGAAGCAGGGCUCGUACCGCCGCCUCCGGCUCGAGGCCCCGAGACAGCCGGCGGACGAGCUCACCGAGGCCGGCCUCUCCUUCCACCAGUCCGUCGAGUCCGGCAGGUUGCGCCUCCCGUGCUCCACGACACCGGCUGAGGACGCCGGCUUUGUGUCUUUCGGGGUAUCCAUCCCGCGGGCUUGGCCCGCGGGCUCCUCUAAUGACCUCUUCGUGGCGAAGCUUUGUGUCUUUCGGGGUAUCCAUCCGCCGGGCUUGGCGGGUGCCUACCCGCGUGCUGUUGUAGCGACCUCUUCGUGGCGAAGCUUUGUGUCUUUCGGGGUAUCCAUCCCCCGGACUUGGCGGGUGCCUACCCGCGUGCUCCUCUAA